AUGACAAACAAGCCCCACAGGAGGGUUCAGAAGGCAUGCGAGAGGUGUAGAAUGAAAAAGACAAAGUGCGAUGGCGAGAUUCCUUGCAAAAGGUGCAAAGACGACGAACGGAUAUGCACAGUCAGCGUUAAGAGGACCAUUCCAUGUAAACAGACGCCUAGAGGAUACGCCGAGGUCCUGGAGCACACCCAGUACAUCCUGAUAGCAACCGUUUACAAGCUGUACGGCAUGGUUAGGAACUCAGAGCCUUGGGAGGUGGAUGAGCCCCAACUCAAUGACCGGGGUCAGCCCGUCGUCCAACACAUUGCGCAGAUGCUGGGCUGCGUUGGACCCAAUAACGAUGUUGAUCUCCCUACCCACUCCGUCUUCCCCGAAGAUGCGAUGGGCAUGGAGGGGCUUUGCCGCGAGCUGGAGGAACAGGAGCGAUACGAAACGGGGUCGACACUAAGUCAUGAAAGAGGCACGAAAUCACCUUGCAAUGGCCUCGACGAAACUGCCUUACGGGAGCCAGACGAUUCGGGCGUCGGGCAGGACUCCUGCGGGAUCGCCUUUGCCACUGAGACUGCCAUGGACCUGCCGCCUCAGUACUUCAGCACGACUAGUGACGACCUGAAGUUUGAUAGCGCUGCGUCCCCCAACAUGAACUGGAAUGCACCGUUUCCCGACAUUGCCCCCAAACCCUUCGCCUGGUCUAUACCCGACACCAAGCACGGCGACCUGAGAAUGGGCUACCUUCAAAAGGCCGAUACAAUGCAGAACAUGGACACAAUCGAUCAGGGUCUUGUGAACUUCGGGGUUGAUGCGAUGGAGUUGCACAUCUUGUCGUACAGUUCAGAGGCGAGGCAUCGAGGAAUCCCAGGAUGUCUACGAUUACUACAGUCAGGUGGAACUAACAAUGGCGGGUAUUAG